AAAAAGAAAAAGGCAUAAGCAGAUGUGAUGACAUUCAUCAAGAUAAGUCAGUGUAUAUAAAAGCUGAUGAUUUCUCCUGUUCAGCACCUCCGCACAGGAAGACCACAGGCUGACACUGAGGAAGAAGAAGACAAGAUCAUUCUUCAGCAGAGCUCAACCAUCAUCUCCACCACCAACAUGCAGACUGUGUCUCUACUCUUUUGCAUCAUGAUAGCUGUGGCUACAGCUGAUGAUGCUGCAGCUCCUGCAACUGAUGCUCCUGAAGCUCCUACAGCUGACACUGGAAAACGUUCAAUUGACGUUCCUGAAGGUCCUACUUGUCGCGAUGGUUGGCAAGAGUUUGAAGGUCGCUGUUUCCAGUACGUUCCGCGAGUAUUGAGCUGGGCUGCAGCUGAGAAAAACUGCAAGAACUCGAAGUCACACCUUGCAUCAGUGCACAAUCACCAUGAGUAUCAGUUCAUUCAGACGAUGAUACGGAAAAUCACUCAGAGUAAUGGUGAAGCCUGGAUUGGAGGCUCUGACUGCCAGCAGAAAGACACUUGGCUCUGGAGUGAUGGCAGUAUUUUCUUCUGGACAUUCUGGUGUGCAGGGCAUCAGAGUACUUCAGGCUGUCUUCAGAUGAAUCAUGGAGGUGAAGAUUGUUGGCAUGAAGAUCAGUGUUCCUCCACACUGCCAUCUGUCUGUGCCUACAGCCUGUAGUAGCUCCUGUGCUGACACACAGAGACAUGUUGGACCAACUACACACACAAACAUCUGCUGUAGGAGUAACAGUGUGUUUGUCUCUGUGCCAUCAGUCUCAUGCUUAAUCACAUCUUUGAUUCUCUGUUUGGCUGUAACGCUGCUGAAGGGACGAAGCGACAAGAGACGUAAACAGGAGCUGGACUUCCUCUUUGUUCUUCAAUAAGAGGAGACUGAAUGUGUUAUGAAACGAACGCUUUAGCACAAACCAAUUUAUGAUGCACAAUUAAAAAGCUGGAGCAUUAAA